UUCACUAUCUCUUUCACUUUCAUUAUCUUCCUUCAUUUCCCUAGCUUGUUCGUUGCUCUUAACUUCUUUGCCACUCCCACAGUGAUGAGGCCUCUGGGUUGUACGUUGAAUAUGCCGAAAACCCUAUACUUUUGCUUGAUUUUCUUUCUUACUACAUCUACAAUGGCCUCUGUCUCAUGGGCAUCAUCACUCAAAGUGGGUUUUUAUAGGACAAGCUGUCCUUCUGCAGAAGCAAUUGUGAGAAAAGCUGUGGACAAAGCUGUCUCGCGAAAUCCUGGCUUAGCUGCUGGCCUCAUUAGGAUGCAUUUCCAUGACUGUUUUGUUAGGGGCUGUGAUGCCUCUGUACUGCUAGAUUCAACCCCUGGAAAUCCAUCAGAGAAAGAGCAUCCAGCCAACAAUCCAAGCUUGCGAGGCUUUGAAGUGAUCGACGAGGCAAAGGCUGAGAUCGAAGCUCAAUGCCCUCAAACUGUCUCGUGUGCAGACAUUAUAGCCUUUGCUGCUCGUGAUAGUGCCUAUAAAGUAGGUGACAUAAAUUAUGCGGUUCCAUCUGGACGUCGUGAUGGCAGAGUAUCACUAAAAGAUGAGCCUUCCCUGAACCUGCCCCCACCUUCCUUCAAUACCAAGGAACUGGAAGAAAAUUUUGCACGGAAAGGCCUUAGCCUUGAUGAAAUGGUCACACUUUCAGGGGCACAUUCAAUAGGCGUGUCCCAUUGUUCUGCCUUCUCAACUCGCUUAUACUCUUUCAAUGCAACACAUUCGCAAGACCCUUCAAUGGACCCCAUUUUUGCAAGAAGCUUAAAAGCUAAGUGCCCCCCACCAUCAAAUUCAGGAAAUGGACGUGAUCCUACAGUGCCGCUGGAUAUUCUCUCACCAAACAAGCUGGAUAAUAAGUACUACAAAGAUCUGAAGAACCACCAUGGGGUGUUGACGUCUGAUCAGACUCUUUUGAGCAGCCCUUCAACGGCAGGGAUUGUGAGGAACAAUGCAAGGAAUGAUGCAGCUUGGGCCAACAAGUUUGCAGCGGCUAUGGUGAAAAUGGGCUCUCUCACGGGAAGCCAGGAGGGUGAGGUCAGGAAGAACUGCAGGGUCGUCAACUAGAUAUAAAUUAUCUCGAGUCCUAAUUGUGAUGGAGGCCAGGAAUUUGUCUGUAUUCAUUACUUUGUUUAUUUUUCCAUUCUUAAUUUCAAUUUUAAUCCAAGUGUAAAUCUCUCUGCUUUGUAAAAGUUUUCUGAAUUUA